CUCAUCAGUGGCUCACUGUUUCUCUGAUUUUGAUGCAUGCAAGGGAAGCAAAAAAAUAAAAAUAAAAAAGGAAAAAAUAAAUAGAGAGGUGUGCCAAGCAAGUUAUGCAUUUUGUUAAUAUCUAAACUAUGCUGCAUUUUUCUUAGAGUUUCAGCUCACAACCUCGUCCGCCAUGGUUUCAGAGGUGAAAAACCAGUGACGAAUCACAUCUGUCCUUUUAAUAGGACCGAGGUUUAUAGAUGAUGCCGAAGAGAGGUCUACACACAACUGUCUGAUGGCUGAUUCUGCUCCGGAGUCUUUGCAAUCUGAUACAUUUGGCCUGAGACACAUAAGUAGCUCACUUUUCAGCAUUCCUGGUUUUAUUGUAGGGUUUGGCACUAAAUGUUUAAUAGAGUCUGACUCUGUUAGGAGCCCUACAUCUCCUUUGGAUUUGAAAGUUUUUUCAAACCUUAGUAACCCUUUUGGUCUUAGGUCCCCAAAAACACCAACCCAAAGUGGGUAUCAAAAGAAGUGGGAUUGCAAUGAAGUAGGCCUUGGCAUCAUAAAUUCCCUUGCCAAUGAAACUAAACCUUCUGCGGAAGUACUUGAUUCACCAAGGAGGAAGAAUGUAAUCUUUGGACCCCAAGUGAAGACUAACAUCCAUGAUCCCUCAAAGCAUUACCUCGAAUCACUUAAUUCUUCCUCAAAAUCCAAUUCUUUGCCCAAAAACUACAUCUUUUCGUCACCUUCAAAAACCAGGACUCUUAGUCCCCAAUUAGGUGGCACAACUGUUGUCUUUGGGAAUGAAGGAGUCCCUUUAGAACCGAUGAAAACUAUUACAUCUUGCUUGUCGGAUUCCACCAGUUCUUCGUCCUUACAUUUUGGCUUAACUCAAAGUCACAGUUUGAGCUUUACGAAUUUUUGUUCAGAAAAUAAGACUACCGAAAUGAGUUCUUCUCCAGUAAUUAACCAAGGUUCCCAGGUAGUGAAUUCAUUGGGCAACAAACCAAGUUCGCUUCCAAUUCUGAUCAGCUCUGGUCAUGGACUUCUAAGUUCCCUUUCUGCAAGAGAGAUAGAGCUUUCUGAGGAUUAUACCUGUAUAAUUUCUCAUGGUCCAAAUCCUAAAACAACUCACAUUUUUGGUGACUGUAUUUUGGAUUGUCACAUCAAUGAGUUGGCUGAUUUUGGUAAGAAGGAAGAAUCAACGAUCAAAUCACCAGAAGAGGCUGAAAACCCAGAGGGGUUGACACCAUCACGCCCUGAAGAGAUUUUCAGCUUUUGUUACACAUGCAAGAAAAGGCUGGAAGAGGGGGAAGACAUUUUUAUAUACAGAGGUGAGAAAGCAUUUUGCAGUUUUGAGUGCCGUGCUGAGGCGAUUUUUGCCGAGGAAUCAGAGGGAACUUACAAUAACUCCCCUGAAUCGAGCUGCCAUGAAGAUCUCUUCCUAAUGGGCAUGCCCUUAGCUACAUAAUGGCUGUGGUUGCUAUCUCCAGACUGUCCAUGAUUGAUAAAGUUGUCAUGCGUAGUGCACCUGGAUCAUCUACUCAUAAAGAGCUGUCUACGUGAAUCAGUUUGCAGCCAUGGAUGAUCACAAAGCGCAUUGUGCCAUUUUCUAAUUGUGUACGACUUUCAUGGUAUGGGCAGGUCAUGGCAAUCACAGAAAGAGCUUUUUCAUUCCAUAAAAGAGACAUAGAUAUAGUAUUAAGCUUGUUGUCUGUCUUAUAGUUUUGGUUAGAUGGGUUGGAAGUGGCCUGAAGCCCUCGCUCAUCAGUUUUCUGAUCUUUUUGUUUUUUCUGGGUUUUCCCUUGGUGAGAGUUCAUGUAGCAGCUUUUGAACCUAAUGAACUCAUUGAUGAAUGCAUGCGGCAUUUACAUUACAAA